CUAUCCAGGAAGCUAAACUCACUGUCGGUGGAAAGCACCGUAAACAAACUUGUCAUUUCUCGGCCCUUGAACGCUAACUGCGUCCCGCUACGAAAUUUAACACCUUUUUUUCCCUUUACCUACGCGCCCGUAUUUACUGUCGCAUGAACCCAGAAGCGGACGGUUGAAGCCGGGCAAAUUUCUCCGAAAGCGAAGGAAAAAAUAAACAUGUCUGAUUUCAUUCUGCUUCUCCUCAUCGUCGUCCUCCUGUUGUGUUUGCUGGUGACACUGGUGGUCUUCUUGGUCUACUCUGGCCUGCUGGUGGACGUGGUGAUAAAAACCGGAUCGCCUCCAGUUCAAAAUGUCACCGUUGCUUACAAGUUCAAAGAGGGACCUUACAAGGAGAGCGGAGCGGCUUUCACCGAGCCUUGCAGCAUUGGACCCAAGCAGAGCACCAUCGCCAUCUACUACGAUGACCCCAAGCAGAGACCUGCAGAGAAGUGUCGCUACGCCGUCGGCAGUGUUCUGAGUGAAGGUGAAGAGAAGCCAGACGCAGAACUGCAGAAGCUCUACGAGAAAUUCGGCUUCAAGGUGAUCUCUUUGCCAAAAGUGAGCCACGCCGUGACCACCAGCUUCCCCGCUACGACCCCUCUGUCCUACAUUCUGGCACCUUUCAGAGUUUAUCCCAGGCUCUCGGCCUACAUUGAGCAUAGCUGUCGUCGGUACAGUGUGCAGAACAAACGAGGGACUUUCGCAUCUUUUGACCACUGGUGCAACUUGAAUCCAUCUCUGUUCGUGUUGUUACACCCUCCGACAACACACCGACGAGGCAUGAUGUCUCCAAGAAAAUGGCUGAUCGCUUCACGGUGUGACGUCACGGGUGAAAGGUCAUCGCUCCGACAGGAGAGAAAGCUGUCCGCCUUCCCAACUAUUGAAAUUUGUGCCUCGCUUGUCACCAAUUACAUGGUGCCGCUGUCCCGCCAGACGGAUUUCUUUGUUCCAGAGAUGAAGGAUGAGGUGAAAACGGAUGUGAUAGAAGAGGACUCUGAUGAAGACAGAGGAACUGAUAUCACAGGUGCCGACUCUCACAGCGACGUGAGCUCAGGAAGCGGGAGCGUGCCCUGGGACAGCCGAGAGACCUCCUUGGCGGCGUCCACCGCUGCCUCUUUGGCCUCGUCCCUGCCCUUGAGGGACGUGAUGGACGCGGAGCACGGAGACGCCAAGCCCACGAGAGACGGAAGCGAGCCGGGCUCGGACGUGUCGCUGGGCAGCGGCUCGUCCUUCGAGGAGCUGGACGUGGCUCAGGAGGACGAGGAAGGGAGGGAGGAGAAGGAGGACAAGAAUGCGGAGGAGGAGGUCCCUCAGGCUGGAGACCGAGAAGAUGGUGGAUUUUUGGAAAAGAAGAAGGAACCUUUGGGGGACGACGGCAAGAAGUAAUGAUGUGGCGAUAAGGGAUGUUAAGUAAAAAGUCUUGCUUGUCGUCGGUUAUCUGUCACAUAAUCUUGGUUGUGGCGCAGCCAUCUUUUAAUUCUCUCCACUUUUAUUAAUAUUUACCUGAAGCCAAGUCCCAACAUUAGCAACAAUCAAUGACAUGUAAUACAAGAGCUGCCACAAAAAAGACAAUCUUUGUUUUCUUGUUCUAUUCAAUAUAAAUAACAUUAUUUAAGAUUAUGAGUUGUGCUCCUAUGUAAUGUUCACGCCUAAAUUAUUACAUUAACAAUGAAGUAAGUGACUUGCGGUGUACGCAAAAGGACUUUUCAAUUAAAAAUAUGAAAGAAGUCAGUAAUUCCAGAGAGAGAAAAACAAGUAUUUUUAAUUGGAGGACAUCCCAAUAUCGAGACAAAUAUGUCGCUUACUUAUCACCAGGAGCCUCUCACAUGUUCAAAGAUACAAUCUUUAUUCAAUCCUUAAUCCUAUUUUUUCACUUUUCUUUUACGCACUGCCAUCAGAAGAGGCGGCCUGCGUGCACAUCCAUUUUGUAGUACAAUUAUCCUCAAAGUUACACAGCCCUCGAAAGAUUGCAUGUAAGCGAGGUAGCGCUGAUACAUCUUUCUGAAUUCAACUUCAGUGAAUCAUUGGUGUGAAACAUAAUUUUAUUUUUAUGAAUAUUUUUUUUUUUACCAAUUUAAUCACUGUCACCGUUAGUUAUUGUAUUGAUGUCAUACGAAUUAAAUUUUUGGGUCCUAAAGCCCUGUCCUGACACCUUGGAAGCAAUGUACAGCACAUUGUUGUGAGCGUCUGUUGUAAUAAAGCAUUUCAAAUCUU